AUGAAGCACCCCACCCACUACAUCGAGAAGUUCUUCUACUGGCUCGGUCUCUUCGUCGGCCAACACCCCUACUCUGUGAUCGUGGCCAUAUUGACCUUCACCUUGAUAUCGGGUAUUGGCUGGGUCCGCUUCGAAGAGAUCAACAAUGUCAGAACAGAGUACUCACCUCAGAAUGCACCAUCCUCGCGCGAGUACGAUGUCGCCAAGAAGUUUCUGAAACAGAACGGCACGAUGGACCCGUGCUAUGUCAUGACACAUGCGAGAGAUGGGGGAAGUUUACUGAGAGAGAAGCACCGGUGGCUACUCUACAAUCUGACGAAAGCGCUACAGACUGAGGUCAAGGUGGAGAAGAACGGUAAGACAUACGGUUUCACGGACUUUUGUGAGCCUUACUGUGAAUUGAACACAGCGUUCUUGGCUUUCUUGAAGUUGUACGAUCCAAAGAAUCCGAGCACGUUCACCUACCCAUCAAUCGAUUUGUUUGGGAAUCAAGCCUUUAUUGGUGAGUACUAUAUUCAAAAGUGGUUUACAAGAUAACAAAAGUUGGUUCAAGAUUCAAUGUUUUUAUAUUUUAAAAUAUAUGAUUUUAAGAGUAUUGUUUGUAAACAUUAGUUGAUCUCCUUUUGAUCGCAAGUUUUUUUUAUGAAAUCAUAUUUCUUAAAUGGGAAUGUUUUACGCUGUAAAUUCCUUCGUAUCUUUCAACAUGUCUAUUUUAGGUAACAAUGUUUACGGUAUCAAACUCAAGAAGAAUACCAAUGAGCUGACAUCCUUCGACACCGCUGUUAUGCCGUUCUUUGUUGUAGCCGCUUACGAAGAUCUGGACGUUCUUGUAGCGUGGCAACAGAAGGCGAUUGAAACUUUCGAGAAACCUCACUUCAGUAAAUAUCUAAAGGUAUGUUCGGGAAGGUUGUUUCUAUUCUGUGAUGUUACACUACCUUUAAAGUUUAACCACUUUUGAUUGAAACGUUAACUACUAAACAAACUUUUUGGAUACAAACUUCGCCCAACUUUAUACAAUCUCUUUCUACUUUCACGUUUCAAAUGAUUACAUUAGUUUGACUCGAAUUCUUUGAUCUCCAAGUCGAGUAACAAACAUUAACUAACCUUUACCACUCGAAUUCAUGGGUUUACAAUCCAAUUAACCAUGACAGUAAAAAAAAUAAGCACAGUAAAUUCAAAAAGUUAUGGCUAUUUGAAAAUAAUCAGUAUAUACUAUAUAUGAUCAAAAAGGUUGUGGAAUAAUCGAAUAAUUUGGUGUGUUUUCUAAAUAAUUUUGACACAAAAGUCAUUUGAAUAACAUAAUAUAGUGCAGUGUCAAUGAACAAUCAGAACUUUAAGGAAGUCAAAGUUUGUAAAAUAACUAUUUCUUAACUCAAUAUCCAUUAAUCUAAAACUACAGUUCCUUAUUUAACUUUGUGUUUGCAGAGUGGGAUGACAGGCGACAAUCUCGUGUCAUACGAAGUUCGGAGGAUGGGGAUCGAGACGGCUCCAUUAAUUAUUGGCUCCAUCGCUGCCAUGAUUGUUUUUGUUGUUGUUUUCUCUUUCAGGUAACGUUUUUCAAGGUCACUUCUGUCUUUUAUGUAACUUUUGCUGCACGUAGUUCUUUACAAUGGCAAUGCCUCUACAAGGUAUGAUGCCAUUGUAGUUUAACCAUGUCAGAUGCCGUGACCUUUUGCCAUUGUGAGUUAAACUGACCGCGACAAUGAAUGGUCACGGUAGUCUCCAUGGGAGAUUGUUUGUGAAUAGAGAUCAAAAAGGGAUCGAGUUCGGGAGAUUGACGUAAAAGUAACAAAAAAGGUCAUAUGACUUUACAGUAAAUAACCAUAAACUACUUAUCACCUCUCAUUGACCUUAACGUUGAUUACUCUGAAGUAGUCGAUAAAACAGCGUUCUACUGUACACGUAGCUUGGUUAAUGUAAUCAAUUCAAGUUUAUACCGGUUAUACUCAUAACUGUAGGCAUAGUAAACAUAAUGACAAUAUAAACCUAAUUCAAGAUGAAUACGCAAUAAAAGCCAUUAACACAGACACCUCACGAAACAUGUUUUCAGAGUGGUCAAGCUGCAGAGUAAGCCCUGGGAGUCGUUCCUCGGCUGUCUGAUCCCCUUGUUGGCCAUGGCUUCGGCCAUUGGGCUAAUGUCGCUGGUCGGAAUGAAGUUCCAGUCAAUUGUCGUCGCUGCCCUAUUCCUGGUACUAUCAGUUGGAAUCGAUGACAUUUUUAUUUUGACAAGAGCCUGGAAUAGAACAGAUGGCAGAAACACCGUGCAGGAGAGAAUGGCGACAACCUUGGAGGAUGCUGGACCGUCUAUCACGAUAUCAGCCAUGACUAACAUCAUGUCGUUUGCUAUUGGUGCCUUCUCUGACACUCCAGCUGUGAGGACGUUCUGUAUCUUCUCAGCUGUUGCCAUCUUCAUCUGCUACGUUUAUCAGCUGGUGCUUCUGUCCGCGAUUCUGUGUCUGAGUGGAUUCAGGGAACAGAAAGGGUACCAGUCUCUACUGUGCUGCUUCCAAGCUGAUACCACUGCUACUUGUGAUCUCGCUGAAUCGUGUAGCAGGCUACAUGACCGAGUCGUGUAUGCAUGGUCGCGAGCUGUGAUGAAGUGGCCUGUGAGGUUGUUGUUGUUUGUUAUCAUGGUAGCUUACUUCUACAUCUCCUGGACUGGAAUAUCCAGGUUACAGUCCAAUAUCUCUAUCGACAAGAUGGCGUUGCCCAAUUCGUAUCUCCACGACUUCCAAGAAUCCUUUGAAAGGGCGUUGAAGAACAUGCAGCCCAUCUCCGUGUUCGUUCUCAAGCCCGGAGAUCUGAAGGAUCCAGAUCAAUUACAACGUGAGUCAUUUGGUUACACUUUAACAUAAGGUUAACUAUGUCAUAAAGUUUAGUAAAACGUAGUUAAGUAGUGAAGCCAGUAGAGUUAAUGUGAUACGUCUUUAAUCGGAUGUGUCAUAACAAGAUCGAUGUUUCAGAUGUCAAAGACCUUGUUCACGACUUUGAACAUUCUCUGAAUUCCUACGGACCCGACUCCACGUUCUUCUGGCUGUCGCAAUACGAAGACUUCUUGCGAUUCUAUGGGGAAUCGGAGGAGUUCACCUACACCGAGAUCCCGACCUUCUUCAAGUCGGCUACCUACUUCUACCUGAGCUCCUUUGUCCACGUCAACGAGACGGCUUGUCUGGCCGACGAACCUGAGUGUGUGACAUCGUUCUUCUUCAUCACCAACUUCCACAAUGUCAUUAAGUACCACGAACUGGUGCCUACGGUCAAAAACUGGAGAGCCAUCUGCAAGAACUACAGCGACCUCGAUGUGUAUUCAUACAGCGAUCACACUCCGUUUGUAGAUCAGGUAGGUUAACAUUUUUGUGGAAUUCACGUUGUUCUAACUUUACUACAUUAUUUAUACCACACUUAUGUUUACAUAGACAUUUAAAGUAUCAUACUUAAUAUGCUAAUCAAUUAUUACUUUUAGACGAUGGCCAUUGACUCUACAGUGUACGGAAGUGUAGCCGCAGCCUUAGUGUGUACCGCUGUGAUAUGUUACUUUUUCAUCAACCACUUCCUGAGUGUGGUUGCUGCUGUCUUCUCGGUUUUCAGUAUCAGUUGGGGAAUCUUCGGGUUACUGUCGUUGUGGGAUGUUGAUUUAGAUCCUCUGAGUAUGGCUGCACUAUUAAUGGCCAUUGGAUUCAGCGUUGACUUCACAGCUCACAUCAGUUAUCACUACUAUAAGACACCAAACGGGGUAAGUUUACAUCAAUAUUGUCUCACAGUCAAAGAGUUCUUAUCUUAUGUCACAUAUAUUUAUAAUCAUUUGUAUAUUGCAAUACCUAUCUACAUUACUAUUUGCAGCACCCCCAAAAGCGGAUCGAGCACGCUCUUCUGAUCAUCGGAUGGCCCAUGGCUCAAGUCGGUCUCUCUACCAUCGUCGCGUUACUGCCUCUUCUCUUCAAACAGUCGUAUCUUGCCAUGGUAUUUUUGAAGACAAUCGUCGUGGUUGUAUUACUUGGUAUGUUCCAUGGUCUCGUGCUACUGCCAGCCGUACUCACUAUGAUCACGAGGUACAACGCUGACAGUGCUGAUCCAAGUGCAGAAUCUUCUGAGCGAUCGUCGCAACGAUCUACCGAGCGGAAAGAAAGUUUCUACAAGGUAAGUCGGGUUUUAUGUUGAGUUGGUUCUUGUACUUUGGUGUUUUGCAUUACAUCAUACUGUAAAAUUAUGUCACAUAUGUAUGUAUGGUAACUAUUGCUUUUCAGUCGCAGCACUUGAUCACGAACAUGAACAAAGAAGGCUGGCUAGCCAGGAAGACCAGUUCGUUCCGCAAAGACCGAGUCAAACCUUUGGACAUCAACGAGCUGAAUAGUACGGCCUCGACCGGCCCUAUUGCUUUAGUGCACAAGAUCCCCUUAGGGCGAACGACGUCCAACGCGCUAUAA